GAAAGAUAUAAAUUAACGAGAAAGUUCUCAUGUUUUGCGUGCAAGGGUUGAGAAAAUUAUAAAAUAUUGAGAAAAUGGAUGACGAAACAUUAAACAGACUCGCAGUUGAGGCAUUAUUAGAAGAAGCUAAGAUUGGGGCAAAAAGAGCAGAAAUAAUGGGACCCAGUGGAUGGAUAAAACCAAAGGAAUCUAUUAAUAAAAGAUUUCUUCAUUCAACAUUACGUAAUGUUGUUCUUUCAAACAAAUAUCAAUUAAAAAGAAGAAGUGAGAAAAAAUUGCAUAUAUCUGACAGUACAUUAAAGUAAUUUUUAUUUUUUGCUCUUAGUAUAAGUAUUAGUUCUUUGCAACAUUCUUUACUGCCCUAUUAAUUUAGGAUUAAAUCAUUCAGUAUCAUGAAAAUCUAUGUCAUUUAGUACCUAUUAAGUAAUUGUAAGUUUCAUUUUAAGCUGAAUAAGUGUAAUAUAAAAGGCAUUCACUUAAAUAUAAUGAAAAAAAAUUAGUCACCAACGAUAGUUAAAGUGAUGGAAUAAAUUGAUACAGAUUUAAAGAUGCUGAAAAUUGUAACUAAUACAAAAUUUGAUAAAUACAAGUAAUUGAAAGAGAAUUUUAAGCAUGAAAGUAUUACAUAAUAUAGCAAAAUGUGAUGUAAUGUAAUGUACAAUGUAAAGUAGUAAUAAGGACUGAAUAAAUAAAUUACAAUAUA